AGACGUGGCGCCCCCGCCGAUCGCCGGUUUCGGGAGACGCGCGCCGGGUCCUCAGGUGGUCGGUGUCCGCCCUCCGCGGGCCGCAGCCACAGUGCGGACUUGACCCUGCAAGGGAGAGGGGACGCCGUCCGUCCCCGCAGGACUCGUGGAGCCGCUGUACAAAGAAACCGGAGACAUCGGCACCACGAGCAGGCAGGCAGAUCCCCGGACAGCCGCGUACUCGAGGACCCCGGUGGCGGCGCGGCGCGGCGCGGCGGGAAGGGGGAAGUUUCAAAGCCGAGAGGUGGCUGCUGGUUGCCGGGGCUCCGGCGAGAUGAAGCUGCACUGCGAGGUGGAGGUGGUCAGUCGGCACUUGCCGGCCUUGGGGCUGAGGAACCGGGGCAAGGGCGUCCGGGCGGUGUUGAGCCUCUGUCAGCAGGCGCCCAGGACUCAGCCGCGGCCCCGAGCGGGGGGCGAGCGCGGCGGCCAGCACCCCGCCUGCCUGUUCAUUUCCACCCUGAAGGACAAGCUCGGGACCCGCUAUGAGCAGCUAAAGGAGAACAUUGAGCAAUUCUUCACCAAAUUUGUGGAUGAGGGGAAAGCCACUGUUCGGUUAAAGGAGCCUCCCGUGGAUAUCUGUCUAAGUAAGGCCAAUUCCAGCAGUCUAAAGGGUUUCCUUUCAGCUGUGAGACUGGCUCACAAAGGCUGUGAUAUUGAGGCACCACUUUUAACCCUCACACCAGUGAAGACUUCAGAAUUUGAAAAAUUUAAAACUAAAAUGGUUAUCACAUCCAAAAAGGACUAUCCUCUAAGCAAGAACUUCCCCUAUUCUCUGGAACAUCUUCAGACUUCUUACUGUGGGCUUGUCCGGGUUGAUAUGCGUAUGCUUUCCUUAAAAAACCUUAGAAAAUUAGACUUGAGUCACAACCAUAUAAAAAAGCUUCCAGCUACAAUUGGAGACCUCAUCCACCUUCAAGAACUUAACCUGAAUGAUAAUCACUUGGAGUCAUUUAGUGUAGCCUUGUGUCAGUCUACACUCCAGAAGUCACUUCGGAGUUUGGAUCUCAGCAAGAACAAAAUUAAGGCACUCCCUGUACAAUUUUGCCAGCUCCAAGAACUUACAGAUUUAAAACUUGAUGAUAAUGAAUUGAUUCAACUUCCUUUCAAGAUGGGACAUCUGACAAACCUGCGUUUUUUGUCAGCGGCUCGAAAUAAGCUUCCGUUUUUGCCUAGUGAAUUUAAAAAUUUAUCCCUUGAGUACUUGGAUCUUUUUGGAAAUAUUUUUGAACAACCAAAAGUCCUUCCAGUUAUAAAGCUGCAAAUGCCAUUAACUUUAUUGGAAUCUUCUGCGCGAACCGUACUAUAUAAUAGGAUUCCAUAUGGCUCUCAUAUCAUUCCUUUCCAUCUUUGCCAAGAUUUGGAUACUGCAAAAACCUGUGUUUGUGGAAGAUUCUGUCUAAGCUGUUUUAUUCAAGGAACUACUACCAUGAACCUACACUCUGUUGCUCACACUGUGGUCUUAGUAGAUAAUAUGGGUGGUACUGAAGCACCUGUUGUCUCUUACUUCUGUUCUCUAGCCUGUUACGUAAAUUCCUGUGAUAUGUUAAAGUAAUAAGUGAUACCACAAAAAUAUUCCAUUUAGUUACACGCCAAUUUGGGACUCACUUAUUGUUUAAAUGUCAAAUUGGAGAAAGGGAAGCUUUUCAUGGGUUUUGUAUCCUUGCUUGAGGGGAAGAAUGUGUGUUAGUGUAACAUUUUCAAUCAUUUGACUGUAAUAUCUUAAUUUCAU